AUGCCCUUUGCCCGGGUUGGUGCUCUGUCUGCCCGACAUUACUCCAACCAGGUUGACCCCAAGGUCAAGGCCACCUCCAUCCUGGACUCCAUCCCUGGUAACAACGUGCUCUCCAAGACUGGUGUGCUCGCUACCGGUGUGCUCGGAUCCAUCUAUGCCAUCUCCAACGAGCUGUACAUUGUGAACGAUGAGUCCAUUGUUCUCGGUGUCUUCGCUGCCUUCGUUGUUGUUGUUGCCAAGCUCGGUGGCCCCGGUUACACCUCUUGGGCCGACGGUUACAUUGAGAACAUGCGAAACAUUCUCAACACCACCCGAGACAAGCACACCGACGCCGUCAAGGAGCGAAUUGGUGACGUUUCCAAGCUCAAGGAUGUUGUCAAGACCACCCAGGAUCUUUUCGCUGUCUCCAAGGACACCGUCAAGCUCGAGGCUGAGGUCUUCGAGACCAAGCAGCAGGUUGUUCUUGCCGCCGAGGCCAAGUCUGUUCUUGACUCUUGGGUCCGAUACGAGAACUCUGUCCGACAGCGAGAGCAGAAGCUCCUGACCGAGACCGUCAUCUCCAAGAUCGAGAAGGACCUCAAGGACCCCAAGUUCCAGCAGAAGAUUCUCCAGCAGUCUGUUGAGGACAUUGAGAAGCUUUUUGCUAAGGCUUAA